AUGGCGCAGCUCCUACGUCUCGCCGCCGCCGUCGCGCUGCUCGUCUUCCUCGCCGCGACGGCUCCUGCGGCCGACGCUGGCCGGGGCGCCCCCACCUCCGCCGCCCCGCCUCUGGCGGCUCGCCUGCGCGCCUUCUCCGUCUCCCUCGACGAGGCCGGCGAGGACGGCGGCGGCGCCGGCGGUUUCGCGGAGUGCUGGGACGCGCUGACGAGGCUGGGGUCGUGCACGAGCGAGAUCGUGCUCUUCUUCGUCAACGGCGAGUCGUACAUCGGGCCCGAGUGCUGCGUCGCCAUCCGCGGCGCCACGCGGCACUGCUGGCCCUCCAUGCUCGCCGCCGCCGGCUUCACCGCCGAGGAGGCCGACGUCCUGCGCGGGUUUUGUGACGCCGAGGCCGCACACAAGGGCAGCCCGCCCCCCGCGGGGCCCGUCCCCGCGCCCGGGAAGCCUCUCGUGUGAUCGUGUCGGGAUCCUCCAAUAAAAAAGCUCCGUGCCAGUGUCAAUUUUGCUUGGGCCUUGGGCUUCUACACGCGCACGUUUGCUGCUGAAUAUAUGCAUUGUGUUUCUGGUUUUGUAAGAAUGUGCCAACGAUGAUGGUGCAAGGCUAAUAAAACGGAUUGAGUGCACCAGCAUGCUCA